CCAAGAGUCCCCAGGUAUGCAGUCAAAACCUCGUACAUGUGUAUGAACAGGGGCCGGGGAGCAGCAAAGUAUCUUGUGCGACCAGACAUAAAGAGCUGCUUUGUCAUCUUUGACUUAUCUCUUGCCAUAUCGGAGAGAUGAUAUAAUCCUACUCAAACAAUGGAGUGCCUCUCCUGCUUUAUCCUCUACACUAUGUGCACGCUGUCAUUCAUCUCCAUGCUACCUUCUUUGGCAUCAGGAAAGAAGUUUCGAUGGUGCACCUUAUCUGAUGCCGAACAGAGGAAAUGUUCUUAUUUGGCACGGACUCUUCAGUCUGUGCUGCCUGCAAACGAUGCAUUCUCCAGGGUUUCUUGUGUGAGAGCUCACAAUACACAGGACUGCAUGACCAAGAUCAGGGGAAAUAAGGCAGAUGCGGUGUCCCUUGAUGCGGGAGAGGUGUACACAGCCAUCCAACUGUAUGAUUUGGCAGCUGUAGCAAAAGAACAGCACUCAGAAGGGAGCUGCGUGUUUGCAGUUGCUGUUGCCCGGCGUGGCACUCUGAGCAUUGACAGCCUAAGAGGUACCCGCUCUUGCCAUAGCGGGGCGCGGUGGACAUCAGGCUGGAAUAUCCCGUUAGGAUUCUUGCUGUCCAAGAACUUUCUCUAUUGGGAUGAGAAACAACCUCUGAGUAAAGUUGUCAGCAGGUAUUUCAACGCCAGUUGCAUUCCAGGAAUUGGGAUCUCUGUCCCCAACCUGUGUGAACUGUGCCAGGGGCCUAAAUCCUAUGUAAGGGACAAGAAUAACUUCUGUGAGACAAGCAGCAGUGAACCAUUUUCUGGUACCGAUGGUGCUUUCAGGUGUUUGAAGAGUGGUGCUGGGGAUGUGGCGUUCAUGGAUCACUUAUCAAUCAUCAAUGCUACAGAUUCAGAAUUAGAGGCAUUUGAACUCUUAUGUCCAGAUGGGUCUACAGCUCCUCUGAGUUCCUUCCGAAAGUGUAAUCUGGGACAGGGUCCCAACAAAGCCAUAGUGACCAGAGGUCCCCUGCACAGGAUCACUAAGAGGUUUCUCACCUUGAUCCAGGGCUUGUUUGGCCGCAACGGGAGACAGCGGAAUCGCUUUUCCCUCUUUGCAUCAGAUCCUUUUGGGGGGCAAAAUCUCCUGUUUUAUGAUACUACACAGAAGCUGCAAGUCUUGAAUGAUGAUGUCGACAUGGCUGGGAUUCUGGGACUGGAUUAUGUGGCACUACUGAAAGGACUGGGGCAUGAAGGUAUCUCUCUGGAUAAUAGUGUUGUCCGCUGGUGCUGUAUCAGUGCUGCAGAGAUGCGGAAGUGUGAGGACUGGGCACUGAAUGUGAGGUCUGAUCCACUAGUCUGUAUUCAGGCAACUUCUCCAACUGGCUGUAUCGAGAUGAUCAAGAGGAAUGAAGCAGAUGCUGUGUCUUUAGAUGCUACUCAUGCAUAUAUUGCCGGGCGGUGUGGUCUGCAGCCCGCUGCUGUCGAAUACUGGGGUGAAAUCUCUGAUUGUGUUAUGGAGCCUGAAGAGAAUCAGCACAAUGUCAGUGGCAGAGAUUUUCCUCCUCUUUAUGCUCUGGCAAUAACCAAGAAAACCACAAGAGCUGUGACUCUGUCUGGCAUGGGUCAGCGUAGAUCCUGCCAUGGUUACCUGUACAGUCCUGCUGGGUGGUUGCUGCUCUCCAAACACACGGUGCGGACCCAAGGGAACAAGACAUGGGACUGUGACAUUAACUUAGCUUACGAGAACUAUUUCUGGAAAGGGUGCAUGCCAGGAGCAGAACGUGACCUGUGCAAGGUGUGUGUGGGCUGGGAGGAAGAUGGCAGAAUCAAUGGAAGGUGCGCAGCCAAUCACGAUGAGCGUUACUAUGGCAACAUGGGAGCCCUAAGGUGUCUAGUUGGAGACCCAGCCGGACGCAGUUUUGGAGAUGUUGCCUUCCUGGAGCAUCACUCACUGCAGGACAACAUUGCAAACUUGGAGAAGACCGGCUGGGCACAUGGAUUCAGCACCUCGGACUUUGAGCUGCUUUGUCCAAACGAUGGCCGUGCAGCCCUUGCUGAGUGGAGAAGCUGUAACCUGGGAACUAUCCCUCCCAGCGUGGUUAUGACACGACCCGUUAUCACAGCCAAAGUCUAUGACUUCCUUGUGAAAUCACAGGAGAGCCUAGGGCUGGGUAAAGGCUCCAUGUUCCAGUUAUUCCAGUCGGCAGAGGUCUAUGGAGAGGGGGAUCUACUUUUUAAGGAGUCCACUUCAUGUCUUCGUCCCAUUGGUAGCCUCAGCCUUCAGGAUAUACUGGGGGAAAGCUUCAUGAAUCUUGCACACUCAGUGUUUGACUGCACACAAGCAGGUAUUUUAGACUUCUGCAAAAAAGACAUGUGCACAGACAGCAAGACCUAAAAGAGUUUGUCUUAAAAGUGACCGCAAAACCAACUAUGGUUUGUUGAACAGACUUGCUGCAUUUAGUAUGCCCAGGGAAAUAAUUU